CGACCGCUGCUGCCGUCAUGGCCUCUGAGCAACAGAUGAAGAACCCGCUCCUCGUCGGGCGCGCGAUCCGCGCACAGCUCGAGAACGAGGUCCCGCAGGACCUCCCGCUCGAGCGCGACUUCCGUGAAGACUCGGACUACACCAUCACAGACCAUGUGCAGGGCCUCCACAAAAGCCUCUGCAAGGAGCCACGAACGCUGGAGCUCGUCACCUCCCUCGUCUCGCACCUGCACGCGUUCGCGCGCGAAACACAGCUGACGCACGCUGAGUGGACGACGGCGGUCAAGUUCCUGACGCGUGUGGGCAAGGAGAGCACCGAGUACAAGAACGAGUUCGUUCUACUGAGCGACUGUUUGGGCUUCAGCGCCCUUGUGGACGAGAUCAAUCAUCCGAAGCCUGCGGGUUGCACGGACGGAUGCGAACCCGGACCCUUCUAUACGGAAGACGCACCAGUGGUCCCAUCCGGCUCAUCUCUCGCCAAAUCCAACACGCAGGGCGAGUCAAUGGCCUUCGUCGGCACAGUGAAAAACCUCAAGGGUGAGGGUAUCAAGGGUGCUACCGUGGAUGUGUGGCAAGCCGAUGGAGACGGUGUGUAUGACAUCCAGUACCCCGACCGCGAAGAGCCAAACGACCGCGGCAAAAUUCUCGCGAACCCAGAUGGCACGUUCAGUUACCGCGGAAUAUUGCCCACAGCCUACCCCAUCCCGAGCGAUGGGCCUACUGGAGACCUUUUACAUGCACUAGGCCGCCACCCUCAUCGCGCGUCUCACAUUCACUUCACAGUCAAGGCCCCUGGAUAUGACGACCUGACCACCGCGCUCUACCCCUCACACUCGCCAUUCCUCGGGACGGACCCGGUAUUCGCUACCAAGAAGUCGCUCAUCUGCCAGCUCGCUGAGGAGAGCGACCCGAAGCGAUGGACAGAACUCGGCUUCAAGGAUGGCGAGGUGCACGGGGGGCGGGUGUGGGUGUGGAAAUUCGACUUCGUGCUCCCGACUGCUGAGCAGGUCGAGGAGCUCAAGCAGGCGCGCGCGAAACAGUCCAAAGCAUGA